CUGAUCCUCAUCAUUUUCAUAGUCAAUUAUCUCUCAGGCAAUCAACAUCCUGAACCCUGCUCAUACAAAAAUGACAGAGUGGGAGCAGGAAUACUUCUCUAAUGAGCUGUGGGCAGUAGAUUUGUUUGGUAAGACAUGCUAUGCGAAAGCAAAUGGUGCCGAGGAAGGGCCGGGGAUGGUACUCGCUAAUCCACAUCUCGCGCUGUCGUGCGGCGUCGAUUGGAUUACGUCGCCGUCAUCACCCGCCCUACCCCUCCCUUCCUCAGAGCGCCGCACUGCACCUCUGCUAUUUGUUUUAGAUCGGGGGUGAUGAUGACGACGUGAUCCAAUCGUGGAGCCGCUUUACCGACAGCGCGAGAAAGGAAAGUUGUUUCUUAUACAUCCGUUACAUUGGCCCCAACUGCACUGACGGAACCACAGAUUUAACCGAGCCCUGGACUGUAAAUAACAGUCCCGACGACGCGCAUGAGAAGAUUAAGAAUGCUCAAAAUGGGCCUGCCAGAGGCUCACCUCCAACAGGACCGUCUCUAGGUUCUUUCCAAGUCGCGGGUCCCUUCGAAUCUAACCACGUCCACGAGGGUACCCUUCCUUACCGCGAGCGGGCUGCUAGCGAAAGCGAUCUCCUACUGUCGACUGUGUCGCCACAUGUCCUUGUCUUGAAUAAAUUGAAGGACAAUGAGGAGGCCUAUACCAACGCAAAUACUGGCGGCGCGAGCAUUACAGAACAGAUGCUCGAUGAAGAGACCGAUACAGAACCUGAUUCGGCGGCCCAUUCGUGUAGUACGCCACUCCCGGGGAAUAUCAGUGGUGCCGGAGCCCUGCCCCAAUUUCCGUCUGUUUCUUCCUGUGCGAACUUGCCAACCGAAGUUGACGGACCUAGUCAGCUUCAAGGCUUUCCGCACUCGCCCACAACACCACCAAUUGAUGGUUUUGGUCCCGCAUCGAGCACUAAGCACCCAAGAUCUCCCCGGGCCGACCCCCGCGGUACAAAAAGGUCCCGUUCUUGUGAUUUGAAUAGAGAAAUGAGAAAAUUCAAGAAGCCGGAAAUUUGUGUUAAGUGCGGACGAGGUUUUGCUUGGAAAAGGGACCUCACUAGACACUACAAGGUCCAUCACAAGACGCAUGCACUUGAGAUGGGUGUUUCGGUAUCUCGCAUCCGUUGUGCAUAUCCGAGCUGCACCCGAGUCAACAAGACCUUCAGCAGAAAGGAUCAUUUGACUAGACAUCUUCAGAAGAUUCAUAAGGCAGUAAUCCAUAAGGGUCCCGUGUAGUUAGCUCGAAGAAACCGACACAGGGACCACAAGCAGGAGCUGGAGGAGAAGCCCGAGAGUUGGUACACCUCCACGCAGGCAUUUGUACACAAAACCAUAGUUGAAUAACAUACCUUGGCUGUAAU